ACUUCCGAUGUAAAUUGAAGCACCACGUGUCCAUGACGUCUGAAUGGGGGUACUUUAGUAACCGGAGCGAUAUACACCUAGGUUUAAUGACGUGUUAUUAGUAGUAAAGCCAAAAAGCGCUGUCUUUCUUUUAUGUAUCACUGAGUGGCUCUUGUUCAGCAAAAAUCACUGUUCUACAAAUGGCAGUCUGGACAUGGUUCCCGAUAGUGACGGCUCUGCUGCUGGUCAGCCCCUGCUUGAUGGUUGUGAAUGGUGACUGCGGCCCUCUUGUGGUAGAGAUGGACAGGCUUUUAGCAGAGAGAACGCAGCAGCAGCAUCUGCAUGCACUUUUCCAGAAGUACGGUGAGAAUGGGACGAUCUCACUGUCUGGUCUGCAAAGGCUGCUUGAGGGGUUGGGACUAGACCGCAUCAGGAGAGUUACAGUGCAGCACCAUGGAAACAAACAUGAACACACACAUGCACACUCACAGACACAUACACACAAACACACCACACACAUGCAUUCUGUUGGUAGCAAGAAGGAUGAUGAUGGUUCUAGUGUGGAGAAAAGUAUCUCAACCUCCAGUGUAAAUCCUGACUCUAUUUCUGUGAAGAAGAGCCAAUUAGAUAUUCACCACAAUCUCUAUAUAAAGAGAGAUUCUGAUGCCUCCGCAAUCCUGACCACACCGUCUUAUGUCGCUAAAUCACGCCGGUCAGAACGCAGUUCUGACAACCUUAUGGACUCUUCCCAACCAAAUGCAACACGCUCAACCACCACCUACCACACUGAGAACACAUCCACACACAACCUGGAUGACCACAAUCACCAUGACAAGAAUGAGCAUACUCCAUUAAGCUCUAACUUCAGUCAAGAGUGCCAGAAUGCCACCAUGAUUCUGCAGACGCAUGGCAUGUCCCAAGAAAUGACUCUCUCUGUUAAUGACUUCAGCUUCCUUUGUCCUGCUCUUCUUGUGCAGGUUGAUUUUAAGUCCUGCCUUCUGCAUGCUGAGAAACAAUCAGAACAUAAAGAUCACUUUCACCAUCACCAUGAUGAAGCUAGUGGAAAAAGCCAGAAGAAUUCUUCCAUUUACAUGGCUUGGAUUGGAGGUUUUCUCUCCAUCACAAUCAUCAGUUUGCUGGCUCUGGCAGGUGGAGUCCUAAUACCGCUUAUCAACAAAGUCUGUUUUAACUUCCUACUCAGUUUUCUGGUUGCCCUUGCAGUAGGCACGCUCAGUGGAGAUGCCCUCCUGCACCUUAUCCCACAUUCUCAGGGUCACCACAAGCACCAUCAUGUUGCCAGUGAGAGCAUGGAGCAUGGUAUCCAUGGCAACAGUGAAGAUACGCUUAAGCCUGUUUGGACAGGGUUGACUGCAUUGGGGGGAGUCUACGUCAUGUUUCUCAUCGAGCACUUUUUGACCCUUGCAAAAAUGUUCAAAGAUAAAAAACAAAAGGUGCAGAAGAGAGCAGACUUGGCUGCUGAAAUGUUAGAUUCUCAGAAUGUGCCGGUUACAGCAGACCCUAAUGUCAAACCAGUUGAUGAUUCUGAGCUGAAUGGCAGACAUGCAUGGGGACAGGGUCUGCCAGAGGAGGAGGAAGUGAUGUUAUCUCAGGGUUGCUACACCGAUGAAGACUGUGAGAACAAGUGUCACUCCCACUUCCACGAUACUGUUGGCCAGUCAGACGAGCAGCACCACCAUCACCACAACUACCACCAUAUUCUGCAUCAUCACCACUCUCAAAACCAUCAUCCCCACACUCUCACACAUAGACAUACACACUCUUAUUCUGUUCAACAUUUCGAGAAUGCAGGGGUUGCCACCCUUGCUUGGAUGGUCAUUAUGGGGGAUGGCCUGCACAACUUUAGCGAUGGGCUGGCUAUAGGCGCAGCCUUUACAGAGGGUUUGUCUAGUGGUCUCAGCACCUCAGUCGCUGUGUUCUGCCAUGAGCUUCCUCAUGAGCUAGGGGAUUUUGCAGUUCUGCUAAAGGCUGGAAUGUCUGUGAAACAGGCAAUUCUUUAUAAUUUGCUCUCUGCAAUGAUGGGCUACCUGGGAAUGGUUACAGGCAUUCUGAUUGGACACUAUGCUGAGAAUGUGGCCAUGUGGAUCUUUGCUCUCACAGCUGGACUCUUCAUGUAUGUUGCACUGGUGGACAUGGUUCCAGAGAUGCUACAUAACGAUGCCAGUGAAGCAGGCUUCAGUCAUUAUGGAUUCUUUGUCCUGCAAAAUGCCGGGAUCCUGCUUGGUUUCGGCAUCAUGCUUGUCAUUGCCAUGUUUGAACACAAAAUUCAACUCAGUAUUGAAUUCUGAUCACUGCCCUCAGUUAACAUCUCUGUCCUAUUUCAUACUAAAACCUAAUUCUUUCACCUGUACCUUUUAACCUUUGGUUCAUUUUACAGAUGCAGAUUUUGUUUAAAAACUUUACAGUAUUUGGGAGAGGAUGUUUCAUCAUUGUAAAGUUUCACUGUCUUGGUACGAUACAUGCAUUAGUGGCAGUUCUCUUGGCAUACAGGAACCAGCAAUAGUUUUACUCUUUGCGGUGUAUGUUUUUGGUUGUCUGCAUGGUCAUCUGAGACAACAGAAUGCUUGUGCUGGAAUUAAGCUUAAAUUUGCAUGAGCUUAGCAUAUAGUGAUGAGGUUAAUAUAUAGAAUAAAUGGUUUUGUGUGUGAGUGGAAAUUGUAAAAUCAUCAUGUAGUUAUUUAUGUAUGCUGCACAAACUGCAUCAGUAUUGUAAAAAUAAAACAGAAUGGAUUCA